GUUCUCACCUUAAUAUAAGAUAGUCGUAAGAACUAAGAACACCCAUGGCUACUUGUAGAAACAUUUGAAAAAUCCCAGUCUUAGAUCAAUGAUUUGGUGCCAGUUGUAUUCUAUUAAUUGUUCUAUAAUUAAUAAAAACUGAUAAUGACAACCCCUACUUUGAUAAAAUUGAUAAUAUCUAACUUUCAACCAUCUAAAAUAUCUUGAUUGGUUUUCAAUUCUUUUCAGCAAACAUUUUCACUGGUUUCAAAGCUAUGGAAGACGAGAUUGUAAGAUAUGGUAGCUUCCCCAUCAUUUUAAUUCUCUGUUUUUCCUUCUUGAAGGGUGCCACAUCUGAAUUUUACACUGUUGGUGAUGAGGACGAGUGGAAUUCAGAGGUAGACUAUGUUUCCUGGUCGCAGAAGUACAAUUUCAGCGUGGGCGAUGUUCUUGAGUUCAAAUAUAAUAAGGGGCAACACGAUGCCUUUGAAGUGACAGAGGAAACAUACCGAUCAUGUGAUACGAGCAGUGGAGUUCUAGCCAAGUAUGAGACUGGGGAUGACCAAGUCAAGCUCACCGAAUCGAAGAAGUAUUGGUUCGUCUGCAAUGUAAGUGGCCAUUGCCUUGGGGGAAUGAGGUUUGGAAUUGAUGUUAAAGCAGGAAACACCAGUACUAAUUUGGAGCAAACUCCAUCAGCCAAAUCUGGUACUGCUUAUGCCUUUGAAAGAUGGAGCUUGGGUCUCUACGUUUUUGCAUCUGGAAUUCUACUCAAUUUGUUUUGUUGAUUUAUAGUCGCUGUUUAGGCACUAUUUUUCGUUUUCUUGACCUUUACUCAAAUGCUUUUUAUCCAUUUUUUAAAGUCAAUUAAUUACUGAAAAUGUGAACACCAUUAGUAAACUCACGAGCAAACCAGAGAGAAAAGAAAGAAACCUGACAGAUUUGCAGUAUGAUCUGAUCUCU